CAAUCAUAUAUUGAAAAUAUUUUUUAUAUUAGAAACAUAUGUUAAAUAGACGUGUUUCGUUCAGUCGAUAUGUUGAAUAAGAUCUAUGAAGUCACAUUUUAGUUAAAUGCCGGCUUCUUUGGCCAUAACAUCUGCAAUAGUUGAUAAAGUUCAAGUUAUCUUUGUUUAUUUAUGAAAAAUGAUUCAAUUAAAGCAGUUAGUUUGUCUGUUAUCCUUAAUUUCCUUGGCGCUUGUUGGUUAUCUGUUCACUCAUUUGGAAUCUAGAAUCUCUAAAAGACGAGCUAAAGAGUUUAUAUUUAGCGGAGAAACGAAAAAAUUAAAAUUUCAAUCAAUGAAAAAUGGUGAAUGGCAAACGUUGGAAAGGGGAGAAAACAUCAUCUACUUCCAUAGGGCACUCUACGAUUCGAGAAAUUUCUCUAGAUUUUCUACUCCGAGUAUUACUAUGUAUGCCUUAAGUAAUACAAGAGAUCCUAGGGAAGUGAGCGGAGUUGUUUGUACCUAUAUCCUACGUAAUCAAACGGUAACUGAAAAAGCCAAAGUUUUACUAUUUACAACAGCAUAUAGAUAUAAAGAGACCCAUCUACAGGAAUACGUAUUCAAUUGUCCAGUGUCGAAAGUUUAUCCUAUCCCAACAUAUAUUUUCCUAAAGAGAGAUAAUUCUACGGCUACUUUAAAAAUUGAAAUUCCCUAUUCCGGUUCAAAUGCAAUAACCGUUUGUGUUCCAUUCGUCUACGGUUCCAUGGAUAGAUCAAUGGUAACUGAAUGGUUUGAAUAUCAAAGAUAUUUUGGUGUUGAUGCAGUGGAAUUGGCUGUUUGGCAAGUUUCCAACGACUUAUUACAGAUAUUUAAAUAUUAUGAAAGCAUAAAUUUUCUUACGUUAACUAUUAUUGAUAUACCUUACAAAAUACAACUGGAUCAGCCUAGUAAUCCGUUACAUCCUAGCAAAAAACCAUUCUAUCUAAAGGCUUUUAUGCCAAUACCUUUAAAUGAAUGCUAUCUUAUGAAUUCAUUAAGAUCAAAAUAUGUUCUCUCCCUGGAUUUCGAUGAAUUUAUAUUUACAAACUUAAAUAAAUAUCCAAAAUAUACGGAUCUCUUGAAAGCUUAUGAUACAAAACCAACUUUCGUUAAUUUAAUUGUUGGCAGGAUAAAAGUUGAUGUCACUUGUAAAGAAAAUGAAAAGACCGAACAUUUCAUCUUUCAACAUAAAUAUAGGCAGAGACUUUCGGAAAUGAGAUAUUUAGAUAAUCCUAAAUCUUUUGUUAAUACAAAAAAUUGUCCUUUUAUAGGAAAUCAUUACUGCGUAUGGCGAUGGGAGAAGAGUCAAAAAUACUAUCCAAAAGCGAAUAAAGUUGAUGCUUUCGUUGCUCAUUAUAGAAAGCAGAAGACUUGCGGAAAAGAAGUAAAUAAAUACGUUAAAGAUACAACAAUCGACAGAAUUGAAGGCAAAUUAAGUGAACAUUUUAAUAUUGUAAAACAAUAUUUCAAAACUAAAAGUUUAUUAUCAUAUUCCUAGGAAAACAAGCAAAAACAUUAAAAUAAA